UCGUGGAUUUUGUUGGUGCACUCAUUCAUUCCCCUCUGCUGGACCUACUUCAAUGUUCCAGACUUCCAACCGGCCGGGUCGUCUGUUUUCUGUUUUCAGUAAUUAGUACCUUUGACAUUAUAGGUACGAAGAAUGUGCCAAGCCAGUCGCGAGGCUGGCAAGACUUGACCCAUCUGAACAACUCUGAUUGAAUGAAUUUACUUCACCACCUUAUCUACUGUAUCUGUCUCAAGGAAAAUUGGCCCCAGAUGAGACGAAGCUUGUAUAGGCUACCCACCUUACCUAUAAUCCAUCUACCUCAGUUACCAUGGAAGCCACCAAAUUCUCGCUCUGCAGCCAGGUACCUUGGCUAGGUAACCAUCAUCCCAGGAACUUGGUAUCAUGAAAUACGAUCACGCAUAACUCCAAACAAAGAUCCUCAUGGGCCGCCUCUACCUUUACAAUCGAGACAGUUAUGCACGCGCAGUAAUGCCCUGACGGUGCUGGUGAUAUCGGCCUUUUGGCGUCGUGUCCCUUGGCUUUUAACUCCUCACGCGACUUGUCAAAUCUUGCAGUCUGCAGGCAUCAAGCCUGUCCGAUCCACCUCGGUCCCCCAGAAGGGAUAACUUUCAUACAGUACCCACCAAUCCAUGCCCGAGCGGGUAAGGCAUUGGUCAGGUCACUGACUCCUCAAUUAUUUUCACCAAAGCGGCCCACUGGAUCGCCAAUGUGAUCACACUCUGCGGCAGUCGGGUGGUCAUGAGCGCCAUUUAGAGCUCCUCCUUAACUUCCCGCGUCGUCCUGUCAUGGCUCUUCUGCUUGUAGUUGUCACCAGGCUUGGAGAUCCUCCUCAGACGGUAGACUUUGGCGGAGUGGCUGGGCACCUUGACCUUGAUCGCGCCCUUGGCUUCGACCUCCCCGAUUUUCUCACCAAACAGCCUGGGGUCUUCAUUCUCCAGACCUACUGCAUACGGAGUCUCGGUGGCGUUGUACCAGUUGGCCUUCUUCAGGAUGGCUGCCGUCUGGACGCGGUCAUUGGCAGCAUCGACAAGGGCUUGGGCUGUCUCUAUAGGCAUCUCGCUUGCCAUAAGAUCAUGAAUGGCCCACCCAUACUUGACCUGGGGUGCCGAGCCUCCGGGGCCGUCGGCGACGAAGAUGUCAUUGAGACUGGCCGUCAUCUCGACGUCGUUUCCGGCAGCGUUGAGGAGUAUCACCACCUGGUCGCCAUUCUGCAGUCUGCCGCUCCAGACGUGGCUCUCCUGGGCGCCAAACUCGUCGGGCUGGAGCUCACCGCCAACGGUCCUCUUUACGCGCAAAACGCUGCGGCCAUGCGGAUCCUGGCUCAAGGCAAUAACGGCAGGAUUGCUCACAAUAGCCAGCGCCUCAGCCGGCAUGCUGCGCAGGUCGUUGCCCAACAUGAGCGGUGACUUGAGCGCAGCCCACAUGGCAAAGUGAGCACGUUGCUCCUCACGUGUCAUGCCGCCCUGGCCCACCUCCAGCAUGUCGAGAUCGCUCCACCCGCCAGGAAUGCUCUUGUCGGCAAAGGGUGCAACCUUGUUCAGGAUGAAGAGGACCGAGCAGUGCGUGCCUGGGGCAACGCAGAGAGGGUCGUGAGGAUCGGUGCAGCUGCAGAGAUCAUCGGGCCGGGUAAAGCUGUCGUAGAUGUCGCCGCUCAUCCGCCACGAGUUGGCAAUCGACAUGCCCCAAGUGUGUACGUAAUCCUCGCCCCAGUUGCAAAGAUUCAGCUGAAUCGGACGGCCCGUUGCGUUCAAGGCAUCCGCCAUGACCUUGAAGCGGUUGAAUGUGGCGACGGGGGAGCCGAUACGGCCCAUGUUGUAGCAGUUGUCAUACUUCAAAAAGUCGACGCCCCAAGACGCGAAGCUGUUUGCGUCGUCGACCUCAUGAUCUAGAGAUCCCUCAAAUCGUGCACAUGUCAUCUCUCCCGAAGUAGAGUACAUGCCGAACUUGAGAUUCUCCGAAUGCAGGUCAUCCGAGAUGGCCUUCAGGCCCCGGGGGAAUUUGUCGGCAUUCGGCUGGAGCUUGCCGUUAGGGUCCCGUCCGUCUGGGUCCUGCCAGCAGUCGUCCAAGACGACGUGAUCGUAACCGAGGUCUCGGAGGCCAAGGUUCACGACCGCUUCGCUGGUGCUCAGUAGAAGAUGUUCUGACACAUCACACCCAAAAGCAUUCCAGUUGUUCUGAAUGGGUUAGUCUCCGUUGGCUUCCCCGGGGUCAUGGGUGAUUUAUGUCAUGUUACACUACUUACCCAGCCCAUGGGUGGUGUGAUUGCCAACCCAUUCUUGACAGCGCUUACCGGCAAGGCUGCCAAGAGGAGCGUGGCAGCCGCUGCUGCGUGGAUGGUUGUGCGGCGUGAAGUCAUGAUAUGUACGUCUCUUAUAUCACUGAAAGGAAGUAAGAAGAUUUUGACUUUGUGGAAAGAACUUCUAACUUCAAACUUCUGACUUGAAAAUGAAAUAGUUUUUGUGCUUUUUUUUCCAACUACCUUAUCUAAUUGACUUUGCUAAAACCAGCAGACAAAAACCCCUCUGUUAGUGGAGCCGUGUAGCACUAUCUAUCGAGCGGUCAGUUCUCGGAGCAAGUGCGAAACCAACCUCCAUCUCUUGGCGUCGAGAAAAUAUUGGAUGUCACAAGCUGCUCUGGUCUAGGAUAUCUUGCCUGGGCAUAAGCACCUGUGUGGAGUAUACAACGGGAUGCCUCUUGUCUUUCGCUCGGUUAGUUACCAGCCGGCUGGAACAUCCUCACUCGAUCGAGCUGAAUGCUAGGGCGCACAGGAUAGCACGUGAAAACAAGAAACUGGAUUAUAGGUAGUAUGUGUGUCUGAUUCCGGGAUAACCUCCGCCUCCUACCCCGCUUCCGCCAAGAGGGCUUUCAUGAAGUAUUCGCCAGAAGCGAGCUCAAUAGCAACAGGAGAUGUGCGCGUGUCGGCCGACAUUUUCUCCACAACUCUAUGUCUGGGAUAGCAAAGUGAGGAGAAGGACAUUGGGGUGGAGAUUUGGAGAAGGGCAUUCAGGGUUCCGACUGGAUCGAACAGGGCCGGGCCAAGCCGCUACACACUGGAUUGGCUCUAGACAUGGUUCUCGACUCAUAUCAGCGUCCCAUUUUUCUGGCAACCUCCGAAAUGAGAAACCCCGUGGGGCCUCCAUUUCACCAUGGGGUACCCGCACAUCACGUUGGACCAUCCAUCGAAUAUCUGAGCAAGGAGAAUACAGCCGAUCUAGACAUGCAACCCUGCAGAACGAAAAAGAAGAAGAGAAAAAAAAACACAUGUGAACGUUUGUGUUGUAUUGAGGACUGAAGAGAUCCACCCCAUUGCUUGGGGGGGAAAUGCAACCCCAUUGUGUGAUGCUUGGACUCCAAUGGUCAAAGGGGAUAUUAGUAGAGAUGCCCGCCCGGUUCGAGCCUGCUGCGUGAACUUUUACCCUCCUCUCCACCAUCACCACCUCUUGCUCCAUUUUCCUCGGACAGAGAAAAGUCGACAACCGGUCCCCAAAAAGAAUGGCAGCAGGCGAAAAGACCGACGUGCCCGUCGAGGCCACGGCCAGCCAUGUGGCUGCCCCCAAGGGGUCUGAGGCUCAUGGAGCCGGCGAGGCGUCUACAGCCUUGCAGAUUGAGCGUGACAUGAGCAUGAGGGAUACCUUUCGCUUCUGGCCCAAGGCUAUCUUCUUCUCGUUCAUGCUGUCGCUUGCUAUCAUCAUGGAGGCCUAUGACCUCAACCUCAUGAGCAACUUCUACCCAUUCCCGGCCUUCAAAAACAGAUUCGGCGACGAAGUCGACCCCGAUGGCGGCAUGCUGGUUUCGGCCAGGUGGCAGACCAUCAUCAACAACGGUGUGCAGGCCGGUUCCAUCAUCGGUCUGCUGAUCAACGGUUACGUGACCGAGUGGUUCGGCUACCGCAAGACCAUGAUCGGCGCCAUGUUCUUCAUGAUCGGAGGCAUCUUCAUCCCCUUCUUCUCGACUGGGCUACCCAUGUUCCUGGCUGGUGCCCUCGUGCAGGGUCUGCCGUGGGGUGUCUUCCAGACUCUGAGUGUCACGUACGCCGCCGACUUGUGCCCGACCAAGUUGAGGCAGUACAUGACAUCUUACGUCAACAUCUGCUGGGUCGUCGGAGGUAUUCUGGCAAAGGGCAUGCUCAAGGGUCUGAUGCAGAGGACCGACCAGUGGGGAUACAGAAUCCCCUUUGCUCUGCAAUGGAUCUGGCCCGGCCCCAUCAUCAUCGCCGCCAUCUUCGUACCCGAGUCCCCGUGGUGGCUGAUCCGCAAGGGCCGCUACGAUGAGGCCAGAAAGGCCGUCGAGCGUCUCACCAGCCCCAGCAGCGGCGUGCACUUUGACCUUGACGCACACAUGGAGAUGAUGAAGGCUACCAACCAGCUCGAGAUGGAGAUGUCCACCGGUGGCAACUUCUGGGACUGCUUCCGCGGUGUCGACCUUCGCCGUACUGAGAUUGCUUGCGUGGUCUGGCUGACCCAAGCCUUCUGUGGUGUUCCUUUCAUGUCUUAUGGUAUCCAGUUCCUCAUCAACGCCGGAAUGAGCCCCGACAACGCCUUCACCAUGGGUCUUGUUGAGAACUGCAUCGGCCUCAUCGGAUGCCUGCUCGCCUGGUGGAUCAUGAACUACGUCGGCCGUCGCUCUCUCUACCUCUACGGACUCAGCGCCAUGUUUGUGAUCCUGAUGAUUAUCGGAUUUAUGGGCAUCCCGACUGGCAAGGAGAACGAGGAGAGGCUCGGCUGGGGUAUCGGCGCUUUGAUCAUCACGAUGCUGUUCCUCUUCCAGCUCAGCGUCGGCCCGUCCUGCUACUGCCUUGUCGCCGAGAUCCCCUCAACCCGCCUUCGAGUCAAGACCGUGGCACUUGCGCGUGCUACCUACAACCUCGCCGGCUUCAUCACCAAUGCAUUGAUGCCUCCCAUGAUUGGAAAGAAUGAUUGGGCAUGGGGCGCAAAAGCCGCUUUCUUUUGGGCCGGUAUCGACGUCAUCUUUUUGUGUUGGGUGUUCUUCCGUCUGCCCGAGCCUUUUGGUUUGACGUAUUCGGAAAUCGACCUCCUUUUCGAGCACAAGGUCAGUGCGCGCGGGUUCUCUCAGGAGAAGGCCGACGCGCUCAAGCCAGAGCUGGACGAGCUGGCACGCAGGACAGAAAAGAAUGUUCAGGAAGAACUCUGAUUUAUUUCAUAGGAAGAAUAACGUUGUUUUGGUAAAGAUCAUUUGACUGAGCUGGAGGCGGGUGUCGGGAGGGACAUGUUGGAGGAUAGGAGUGUGAUACUUGCCCCCGGUCAAAGUUUGCAGGGCAGUUCUGUCCCCUGUCAAAGUCACUCGUUGAUUACCCGUUCUAUACUUUAGUUAAAGGGAGCAAUUCAAUAAUCGCUACCUCUAACGUGUCGCUGUCACCAUGCAUACCUGUGAUGACUUAUACGCACGCGCCGGCCGAGUCUUUGUGACUGCUGUGACAGAACAUCAACCAGAUGUUACAGAAAUUUAGUCAAAAACUGACAGCCCACCAAGAGCAAUCAGUUGCUUUGUUUUAUCCCGACUA